AUGAAAAUCGGCAAUUUCUUGAAUUUUUCUAUUAAAAAUUUAGGUUUAAAAAUAAUUCAUAGAGAAUCUAUAAAUAAAAUGCCACUUUUUACGAGACCAAUAGAGGAACUGCUGAGCUAUAUUUUCUCUCGGUUAAAUAAAGGAAUAUUUCUAGAUGAGCUAGACCAUAAGCAUUUUCAAGCUAAAGUGUCAGAAGGGCUGUAUAUAUUAAAAGAUCUUAAGCUUAACCCACUUACAAUAAACCAAAAUCUCUCAGAAAGCAGUUUACAUUUAAAAAGUGCCUCAAUUUCAAGAGUCCAUAUAAGACUGCCGUCGCUAAUUAAGAUAAAUCAUAACCCUGUUUCGGUGCAAAUGGGUGAUGUUGUAAUAGAGCUUUGUAGUGCUGGUGAAUCAGGAUCUCCUGUCAUAUUAAAUCAAAAUGCAAAAAAUCCUUCAGACCAGCAGCAGGCCAGCCAACAAAAUGUAGGGAUAUUUACGAAAACUAUUGGAAAUAUUAUAUCAAAUAUCACGUUCGAAAUAAACAUGAUAAAAAUUCGAAUCCGAGCCCACCCUAACGAUUCUGAUUUCAUUCAAAUUACCAUCAACAAGGCUUCUUUGAAGAAAGACUUAAGCGACAACAAAGCUUCUAUAGUCAGAUCAGCCAGAAUAGAAGGUUUCCGAAUCAGUGUCACGCAAAACGACGCCGAAGUUUAUGAGCCUUCUGACUAUUCCCAUAUUGCCUUCAUAGAGCACCCGAUAAAUUUGCGAAUAUUCAUAACUAAUGAAAUGCUGCUUCUAGAAGGUGACGUCGCCAAAAUCAAUGCUUUGAUUUGUAUGGAACAAUUAAAAGUGAUUGUAAAUAUUUUCUCGAGGCUUAGGAAAAGUACAUUAGUAAUUAAUGAGGAAUCAGUGCUAAUGGAGACUUAUAGGGAAAUUAAAGAAGAAAUAAUUGAGUCUAUAGAGCCAGAGUCAAAAGUAGAAAUUAGGAAAAAAUCAAUGAAAUUUAGGUUGAAGGCAAUUAAUGUAGCCCUGCUGUUGGAGGAGUCUGAAGGGUUUAAAAAGCGAUGAGACUACCAGGAUGGGGCUUAUCCAGGGGUGCCGCAUUCACAUUUACUGAUAUAUUUCAAUGAUUCAGCAAUCACACAAUUUUUGUCAACUGAUAUCAAAGUAAAGAAUUUCGGGGUGAAGUAUUGUCACCUUGCAAAUAAUCCUGCAUUGGAGUCCUCAUCUAUUUAUCAGUCAGCAAAGCAAUCUUUUUUCAGUGAAUUUUUUAAGCCAAAAGUGGGAAAUUUCGAUUUUUGGGCUGUGGAUAUCAAUAAACAGCAUUUUUGUAUAAAAAACGUCAUAGAGUUUUACAAGUCUAGAGACGAUUUACCGAGCUCCCCAGGGUAUGUUCUGCCUACAAUUAAAGAAGAUAUAAGCAUUAAAAAAUCACAAAAUGAUUUCAAGAUAAAAUUAGCCACAAUGAAAUGCCAUCUGGACUUAAUACUAAUUUCUGAGCUAGAAAACUUGAUUUAUUCAUUAGAUUUUAAUGGAAAUUCAAACAACGGCAGCAUUUUUUCUUUUUUAGUAUCAUUGCCAAGCUUUCAAAUCGACUACCAGCAGCAUGACAAUAAUUCAAGUGAAAAUGGCUUUUGUUGUUGCUCACAAAGUAAUUGGAAAUUGAUGGGAAUUUUAAAAAAAAUAAAAAUCAUGGGGAAUAAUAAUGAUAUUUUAGCGAAUUCUAAAGAAUUUGAUGUAUUAAAGAUUAAUAGGAAUUAGAAAGGAUUUUAUUAGUUAGAAUUUUAUUUCAUAUAGAAGAUAGUCAAUUAAUUAAUAUUUAAUAUUCAUAUAUAAUAUAGAACUGCAUAUACAUUACAAGCGAGACUGAAUUAAUUAACAUUAUGAAGAUCCCAGACAUAAAAUAUGAACGAAUUUCGCAAAGCCAAGAAGAAAUAAUUAUUGAAGAACAAAAGGUCGAAACCCAUGAGCGCUAUUAUGUGCCUGGCCAAGGAAGAGUAUCUUUCCCCAAAAACACCAAAAUCUCCGAAAUAUAUUCAGAAAAUGACGACUAUAGAUUCAGAUUUGACCCCAAAAAAAGAAACGAAGCAGAAGAAAACAGGUCAAAAAAGUCUGUAAAUUAUAUAAAUCGCAUCUCUGCAAGCUAUCUUGAAAUCCAAAUUAACUCAUUUUCACUUCAACAGCUAGUUUACUUCAUCCCAACCAAUCUCAAAAAGCCUAUUUCUACUAAAAAAUCACCAUCGUACUGAGAAAUCAGCAUAAAACGAUCCAUUAUAAAUUUAUCAUCUACUGAUAACUCUUUAUGAUUUCCUAAUUCUCCUCGGCAGUACUCGACAACUUCAUUUUACACCCCAAAUUCCAGCAUAUCAAAUACAAUAAAUUAUGCGGCAAAUCCUCAUAGUUCGCCAAUUAUUUCAAUUAUUUUGAUUUCAAUUGAGGCAUAUGUGUUUAAAAACUGCUAUUUAAAUAGAGAAAAUUAUAUUGUGGCUGCUGCCAAAAAAGGAGAAGGGACUUAUUUAGAAAAAGAGCUGCUUAGGCCUGUAGGAGAUGCAGCAAUUGAAAUAAUUUUUGAAAAAACCAAUGAAAAUAGCGAAUUUAAUUUUAAUUUGACUGAUUUUGCUAUUUUUGCGCAAGAUUUGAGGAGAAUUUCUAGAUUUUUGAAAGGGUUUGAUGUCCAAAUUCCAAAAAAAGACGAAAAAUAUUCAAAAAUAAAUAUUUUUCUCCAAAAUAUAGUGAUUGAUUAUGCUACAGAUGAUGGAAAGUUACUGUCAUUUAUUGAAGACUGGCACAUAUCAAGUGUGGUAGGUAGCGCAAUAUCCUCAGCCUAUUAUCUAUCUCUCGGCACCUUUCGAGUUUAUCUUCAAAGUGCUUUAGGCUUUAAAGUUGACGAUAUUUAUUUCAAAAAGCCUCUAAAAUGAACUAUUUUCGACCCAAUUUUAAAAUCCAAAGGGUUUGUAUUAGUAUUUUCCCUCGACUCAUUUGAGCUAUACGGAACAAAAAUACGCAGUAAUACUGAAGAGACUGGUGAAGAGCCUUUUUUUCCUACAGAAGAAUGUUUAAUUGGCUCGCAUAACUGCACUGCUAUUACAAGCAAUAUUUUUAUCAGUGAAAAUAUGAAAAAUUGUCACAGAAAUAGCGAUAUGCUUGAUUUAUAUAUAAAUGUUGGGUGCAUUAUUAUGCAUCUCUGUAAGGACUCAAUUUCAUUAUUAAAUAGCUUUUUCGACUUCAAAGGAGAAGAAGAGCCUCCAGAAAUGCUGAGAAAAGACUCAGAUUUAAGCAGUGACGACUCUGACACUUACCCAGUUUCUGUGAUUGGGCUGAUGAUUGAUCCGAAAGACUCAAUAAGAAUAAAAAAUAUAAAUAUUCAAGAUUACUUGAGCCCUGAAUUCAAGCCAAAAUUAUUGAAAAAUAAAUUUGAUAAUAAAAUAAUGGCUCUGCCAAAUAUCACAAAAUUCAUACAUACACAUACAAAACUGCCAAAAAAUCCUUCAAAAAAUACAUCAAAUUCUAAUUUUCAUCGAUUGCGAACCUACCAUGGAACCCCAAGUCUGAAACUCUCAUUAAGUAUUUUUUAUUUUUCUAUCAAUUUAUACUCUGGCAAUGAUUUUUCCUAUAAAGCAAGAAGUGGGACCAAAAGAAAUUUAUCCAGCUUUAUCCAAUUCAAAAUUGAUGAAAUUGGCUUCACUUUUGCUAGAUUCCCAAAAAUUCUUCAUUUUUCAUGAAUUGUAUCAAUUUCAAUCGGAGAUAUAGAAAUCCACGAUUUUAUAAAGGACACUUCUGUCAAAAAAAUGCUAAAAAUAGAUAACAUUAAUAAGAGCCCAUUGACAGAUUUUUUUCAAACUAAAGUUACAUGUGCUUGACCUCGACCUGAGUACUCAAUUGACCAAGAACUUAUAAUUUAUAUAAAAUUGCUCCCAGUAAAGCUAAACAUUGACCAAAACUGUGUCGAUUUUUUCUUGGAUUUAUUCAACUGAAAGCCAGAAGAACAAACUCUGAUGAGGAGAACCGCAGCCCUUCCUGACGAUGCAGCCAUAAUCCAGAAGCCUAAAGCCCAACUCUUUAUCCAAAAGUUCAUUAUUGAACCAAUUGAAAUAAAUCUAGACUACAUCCCACAUGCAGUAGGCGGACGGUACCCAGGCGCUAAUGUAUUGAAUGCUUUCCAAAUAGAAGAAUUCAAUUUUUGUCUGUCCAGAAUUGAAAUGAUAGGUGUAAAAGAUAUCCACCAAGCAUUGAUAAAAACGUGGAAACUGUGGUACCAGCAUAUUGUUGAUAAUGAAAUUAUUAGGCUGCUCAGCAAUAUUGGGCCUAUGAAGGCAAUAAAAAAUGUUAGCGGGGCGAUUUAUGAAUUUGUAUGUGUGGAUUGGAGUAGUGACCCAAACUCUGAAGGAGCUAAAAUAGCUCUGGUAAAGCUAAUAAAAACACUGUCAGUAGAAAGCUUAAAAAUAGUCGAAACUUUUAUGAGCGGGACUUAUACAAUAGUUCAAGGGUGUGGAAAUGCUGCCGGAUUAAAAAUGCCGUCAAGACAAGCCAUUGUGAGGCCUCUGCGGGAUGCCCAGCAUAUUUUUAAAGGCAUUUAA